GAAGAAAAAAACCUCAAGAAAUCCACAUUUUACACUAAAAUUUUUUGGCGUUAGUUACUUGUUAUAACGUUACAUAAAAAAUUUUAGUGUUCAUAUAGAAAAUUGUAUUAUAGUAUGUAUCGAUUUCUGUUCAUCACUUUUUUUUGCUAAACGAAAAAGUAUUUAAUGGGCCAAUGUAAGAAAAAAUGUAUAACAUGGUAAAAAUUCUAAAUUGGUGCGGGAAAUCAAGUUAAAAUACUAUUCCGGAUAAAAUUUUAAUUUCAAUUGAAUUGACGACAUCAGCAAAAUUAUCCUAUUGCAUUAGAAAAUCGAUAAGAAGCACACAUUUCUUUAAAGAGAAAUUUUCGUUAAGAAAAAUAAAUCAUCAUCCCCUUUUCGCUUGCCUAACCUAAAAAAAAAAAGAUUGAAAAUUAUAAAAGAAACAACUUAAAGUUAAAGCUGUUGUAUUAUAAAGAAAUUUAAACCACCAUCGCCACCUUCAUCGCUUUGAAAAUAAAUAUAGAUUUGUAGUAGUAACACCUCACGUAUUGGAUAAGAUUUGAAAGCCAUCAUGUCAUUUUUAAAUAAAAUCAAAACCUCACAGUUGCCACCAAUUAAAAAUAUUCUUAAUGUAGCUGUGCAAACGGCCCGUCAACAUAUGCCCGAUAAGAAGGACUAUGAACAGCCAGGAGGAGUUAGCAGUAGCAUGGCACAACCACAUAAUGAAAAUCAACCAAAUAAUACACAGGCCAUGUAUCAGGGCGAUGAAACUAACUAUGGCAGUGUUGACAGACCUACGGAAUUGAAUCCCUUUAGAAAUCCAAAUGGUUGGGCUGAUGAUGGUGAGGCCAGUGAAUAUAAGGGUGAAGGCUAUCAGACAACGUCUUUUGUGGCCAAUGAAUAUGACGGUUUUCGACAAGGCAGCAUUGCAUCGGAGGGCAGUUCAUUUGUGUGCGAAGGUGAAGGUGGUGGUGGACAUAAAAUCGAUGAAAUGCAAGCUGCCUGGAACGUAACUAACGCCAUACAAGGUAUGUUCAUCGUAUCCCUGCCAUUUGCGGUACUUCAUGGAGGUUAUUGGGCCAUCAUAGCUAUGGUGGGUAUUGCCUACAUUUGCUGUUAUACAGGAAAAGUGUUGGUGCAGUGCCUCUAUGAGCCAGAUCCAGCUACGGGACAAUUGGUACGUGUACGCGACAGUUAUGUAUCGAUAGCAAAAGUAUGUUUCGGUCCCAAACUGGGAGCACGAGCUGUAAGUAUUGCCCAGUUAAUCGAGUUACUAAUGACUUGCAUAUUAUAUGUGGUCGUUUGUGGAGAUUUAAUGGCCGGCACCUAUCCACAAGGAGCAUUCGAUUCACGUUCCUGGAUGAUGUUGAUAGGCAUAUUUCUACUGCCAAUGGGCUUUUUAAAAUCACUUAAAAUGGUUUCGACUCUCUCCUUCUGGUGUACCAUGUCGCAUAUUGUUAUUAAUGUGGUGAUUUUGGGUUAUUGCAUUCUACAAAUUGGCGAUUGGGGCUGGUCGAAAGUGCGUUGGAGUAUUGAUUUUGAAAACUUUCCCAUUUCUUUGGGUGUGAUAGUGUUCUCUUAUACUUCACAGAUAUUUUUACCCACUUUAGAGGGCAAUAUGAUAGAUCGUUCCAAGUUUAAUUGGAUGUUGGAUUGGUCGCAUAUAGCAGCAGCUGCUUUUAAGGCUGGUUUUGGUUAUAUAUGCUUUCUGACCUUUCAGAACGAUACCCAACAGGUUAUAACGAAUAAUUUACAUUCUCAGGGCUUUAAGGGUUUGGUCAAUGUGUUUUUAGUUAUUAAAGCUAUACUCAGUUAUCCCUUGCCGUACUAUGCUGCCUGUGAGUUAUUGGAACGCAACUUCUUUCGCGGUCCUCCUAAGACAAAAUUUCCCACCAUCUGGCACUUGGAUGGUGAGCUUAAGGUUUGGGGUUUAGGUUUUCGUGUGGGCGUUAUUGUCUCUACUAUUAUGAUGGCCAUUUUCAUACCACAUUUCUCAAUACUUAUGGGUUUCAUUGGCAGUUUUACGGGCACUAUGUUAAGUUUCAUUUGGCCUUGUUAUUUCCAUUUAAAGAUUAAAGGUCAUUUAUUGGAUCAAAAGGAAAUAGCUAAAGACUACAUCAUUAUUGGAUUGGGUGUGCUUUUCGGCGUUAUAGGUAUUUACGAUUCGGGCAAUGCUUUAAUAAAUGCCUUCGAAAUUGGUCUUCCAUUUUAAACGAACGAAAGGAAAAAGUGUAAACUUUUUUUUAAUAAUUAUAUAUAUAAAUAUAAGUAAAAAUCAAUUAGUAACCAAACUUUAGUUAUAAAUAAUCAUCUAGUAAUAUUCAUACAAACAAACAUACAUACAUAUAUAAACAAACAUACAAACAAAUUUAGUUUAUAAGUGAAAAAUGUCUUCCAACAAAGUAACAAACAAAUUUGAAAAUUGUCUUCCAUUUAACUCUAUAAAUAUUCUAUAUAUAGUUGAAUAUCUAAUUGUUAAAUUAAAAAUAAUCAAAAUAAUUAACAUAAACAUAAAUAUAAUAAUUAAUAUAUAUAAAAAAUAACAAAGUCUUCCAAACAAACAUUGUAAUUGUAUUUAAUUUAUAUUUAUACAGCAACUAUUAUUAAAUCUAUAUUCAUAUAUACAUAUAAAUAU